UCGUGGUGCUCACGUUAACGAUGCUGCUGAUCUCCACACUCGCCGAGGUAACUUCGGGAACCCUGGCCAUCGCGGCAAUUGGUAGCUUGGUUCUCUUCGUUGCUGCCUCUUGGCACAAACAACUCAAGUACGGGGUCAUUGACAAGAGAACUACGAUCCAUAUCCCCGACUCGACCCUACCACUAAUCGGAAAUACCUGGGACCUCAUUAUCCAUGGAGUCAAAGGAGACAUGCACGACUUCACCGCUCAACUAGGCAAGCAAUUCAACGCCGAACCGGUCGUGGUUCGGGCCCUUGGGAUCCCACUCAACUUGAUCCUCUUCACGCCCGAAGCAUUCGAAGACGUGCUAAAAACCCAGUUCCAUAAUUUCGAGAAAGGUCCUUUCAUGUGUGAAAACCUUCGAGAUCUGCUGGGUGACGGUAUCUUCGCUGUCGAUGGAGACCCGUGGGUGCAUCAGCGCAAGACGGCAAGCAACCUCUUCACUAUGAGAACCUUGAGAGAUUCCAUGACAACCGUAAUCCAGCGUCACGCU